UGAGCUGUUAUCUAAAAAACAAAAAGGUUUGGCAGCAUUUGAGCACCUGGUGUGGCACAGUCAUGUUUCACCUAGUGCUGCACAGAGAGACCUUUAUUGAAGCAAAGGGGACAAGCUCUGAGCUGGGGCUGCUUGGGAGAGGCAGCAAGGCAGAGACCCCAGGGUGCUCACACAUGGGUGAAUCUGGCCACAAGUAAUGUGUCUGACCUGCUGCUGACCGUGGCUGGCUGCUGGGCUUGGAAUGGAUGGGGUCUGUGUGGGAAAUAAGGCUUUUAGAAGGAUGUGGAAGAGGUUCAGGUUUCAGCAUCAUGACUCAUUUUCCCAGUGGUUGACCAAUGUGGGGGGAUGUGUGAUGAGAAGUAUUCCUGCUCUCCUUCUCCCUAUCAAGAAAUGUCAGGGCGUGAAAACAAACGAGAGUCUGAAGUUCAAAAAACCUGAAUGAAGCACAGUAACCAAAGCUCAUGACUCCUCCCACAGAUCACUCCUGCAAACGUGGCUUUUUCAUCUAGUUUGCAAUGCAGUAUUUGGUGUGUUUUCAGAAUGCAGAAGGUUUUGGAAACCCUCUGGUCUCACACAGCAUUUGCUGUCCAUGUAUCUGGCUGUGAAGAGAGACAUCUUGGCUGAUGAGGCUGACUUUGGCAGUGUUGUCUCAGGGCAGGAGCUGUAAGGUGAUAGUUGCAUCACCCUGACGAGUUUGAUACAGCUUUUUGGGUUGGAUGUGUGUAACAUGCCUACAUUUAUAAUGAAGUGGAAGUCAGUUAUAAAAUCACAAAAAAAAGUAUAAAAGCCAUUAGUGUGAGAAGAGAUGCUGCAAAAACAUCUGGUUGCUUUCCAACACUCUUGCCUAGUUUGCACCCUUAAGACAAAAUUCCAGGUGCUGCUCUAGUGGAAGGUGGCACGCUAUGUGAUCCCAGAGGCUCAUUUCCAUUUUUCAAAGCACAGGCCAGGCAACAUUUCUGUUGUUUUUCUCUAGGUCUUGAAUGAUUUCCAGUGAUGAUUAGUCUAUUCAGUUUGUUGCCACCUUUUCCCUUUGCUCAAGGUGCCCUUGCUGAGCACCUCAGGCAGUUUUGGCAUUGUCACACUUGGGUGCCUGCAGAAGGCAGUGUUAUGUUCGACUUGUUUGUGCUGCUUUUGUACUUGAGCAUAAAUAAGAAAUUCUCCUGCUAAGUAAACAGGGCUUGUCAGGCAAGAGGUUCUGUCUUCAGCAGUAGGUCUGAUUGUCCCUUCUACUUUUUGUGUCAGAUCUGAUUGGUUACUUAGAGCUGUUUUUGAUUUGUGAUUGAAAGGGUGAAAUGAAAAUAGGAUCUUGUUGAUGAAGACUCAAAUGAACAUUUGCACAAAUUAAUAAAGGCCAAUGAAACAAGAGAAGUAAAACCAGGCACUAAUUCUUUAUCUGAGCAGUGCUAAACAACAAAACCACAAAGUAAACGUGUAUGUGUUUUACAUUUGUGUGGGGUUUCAUAUCUCAGCCUACUGUCUGGAAACUUUUAAUAUUAUUCUCCUACAAGUUUCUUGACAGUGAGUUGCACAUAACUGUGGGAUGCUUAUGAUCAAACUGCUGUUGUAUUAUGGGAGAGCAGACUGCUUGCUACACCUGGAUUUUCUGUUCCUUCCCAGCCCUCCCACUCUAAAACCACUGCACAUCACAUCAGGUGGCUUUCAAAAUUAUAAUCUCAUCACUAGAUCCUCUUUUCACUGUCCUACUCAGUUCACCUUUUGAGAACAAUAAGAAAUGCAUUUUUAAAGGCUGAAGAUGCUGCAAUACUUAAACACAGGUAGAUGUAAUUAUUGUUUGGUUUGAGAACUGGAGCCAUUGUAAGGCAACAGAUACGCUGCUGUAUUUAAGAUGAAAAGUUGUUCUUCAAGUAGAAAUUGUGUUAUGUACUUGGACUAUUAAAUACAUGUUUGAUUCAGAAAUGCACAAAGCACCAUUUGUGCCACUUAAAGUUCGCGUGGAAAAGCUGAAUCACCCAAGCCAUCUGAAUGAUGCACACUAUUUGGUAGUUGUUUUCUUCAGCAGGCAGCUGGUGAUCUCUCUUCCUGUAUUCAGGGCUUGGGUGGGGGAGGAAAAGGAAGACAGAAAGGAGUCUCCGGGGUGGGGGCAAAAGCUAUUGCUUCAUGUGUGCAAACUUAAUGGUUUUCCUGAGAUCUCUCUAAAUUGGUGCUUUUCCACUGAGCUUUGAAAACAUUCAUGGAAGCUGAUGGCAAUAUUCUUGUUCCUUUGCGUCAGAAGGCAAAAAAGAAAAGUCAAGGGUUCUUUAUAAUGAGCCGACGGAGGAUAUCGUGCAAAGAGCUGGGGCAAGCCGAUUGCCAGGGAUGGCUCUACAAAAAGAAGGAAAAAGGAGCUUUCAUUGGCAACAAAUGGAAAAAGUUCUGGUGUGUGCUAAAGGAGUCAUCACUGUAUUGGUACAGCAGUCAGCUGGCUGAAAAAGCAGAAGGAUUUAUAAGACUUCCAGACUUCAGUGUGGAUCGAGCAAUUGAAUGCAAAAAAAAGCAUGCUAUUAAGAUCAGCCACCCACAGAUCAAGACAUUUUAUUUUGCGGCAGAAAAUGUUCUGGAAAUGAACACGUGGCUAAGUAAGCUGGGAAUGGCUGUAGACCCUCAGGCACCAAACAGGAAGAAUGAGGAAGAAUGCUACAGUGAAAGUGAACAUGACGAUCCAGAAAUAACAGACACGCCACCUCCACCCUACACUGUCCAGACACCACCUCCUCCUUCGGAUCAGCAAAAGUCAUCAUUCACCUCAACUCUGUCAAGUGAAGCAUCUUGUUCUCUCUCCUCUCCUGAAAGCACUUUCAACUCCCAAGAAUCAUCAUCUUCCUUGACAUCCAAAGUGGUUUAUUCCGAGAGGCAGUCCUGGCUUGACCUGGUGAACAGCUCUGCCACGGAAGAGUGUGACCAGCCUUUAACGUUCUGUGUACAGAUUCACUCUGAUGAGCCGCCAGGAGUGGUCUGUGGAGAAGCAGCAGAAAGCCAGGAAGUCCAGCUUUCUGAAUCCAAUGGUGAAUCCCAAACCUCUUACUUGAGUGCAGAUACACACUGUCUAACUGUGCCAGAUGUAACAGGACAGCAACCACUAGCCAAAGACCAGGAAAAAUGUGAUGAUGAUGAUGAGAUGGAGAGGCUUUACAAGUCAUUGGAGCAAGCAAGCCUGUCUCCCAUUGGGGAUCGUCGACUGUCAACCAAGAAGGAGCUUCGGAAGUCAUUUAUCAAGCGCAGCAAAAACCCCUCCAUUAAUGAGAAACUCCACAAAAUUCGAAUGCUGAACAGCACAUUAAAGUGUAAGGAGCAUGACCUGGCCACAAUUAACCAGUUGCUAGAGGACCCAAAGUUGACAGCAGUGAAGUACAGAGAGUGGAGGAGCACAAACAUCAUGCUGGUCCAAGAUAUUUAUCAGCAGCAGGAGGUCCAGGACACAUCCACCGAGAACAGUGAGGAGCAAGAGAUGACUCCACAGCCAAUCACUGAAAGUGCUAUUUGAUCAGUGGCACAUGGCAAGGUUUUUCUCCACGGGUCUUCAUGUACAAGCAAUUUAUGCUGCUCUAUCUUGAGGCUUGUUUUUUGCAAGUGUGCUUCGAAAGGAAAACAACCCAUUCUCCAAAGUUUUGAAUGCUCUUGCAGAACUUACUUAAUGUCAAAAGGGCAAGUUUCCCAAACCUGCCCAAGUUCCCCGAAAAAGCAUGCCUGAACGUGGCCUGCCUAUGUAAGAAGAGUAUUUAACAAAGCAGCAAAGAAUGGUUUUUCAGUUUUUGGAGAAGAAAAUUAUAAGUGUCCAGCUCCUGGAGGACACAGAACUAUGUAAUAUGUCCUGUAUAAAUAUGAGAUCCUUGGGAUUGUUUUAAGCAUACAACUUACCUUGAAAUGAAGCUAAACUACAGGAUGUAGUCUACUCUACCUUUUUACCCUCUAAGUUAACCCGAUGUAUACAUUUUCAUCUCUGUACCCAUUUACUUUCACCACUCUACCAGUUUAAACUGGGUCAAAUGGAAGAGUAAUAAUGCAUGAGUUGAUACUGUAGACAGCUGCCAGGCACCCAGUUUGAGCUCUGCCUGAUGUUUUAUGAGUUUCAAAUUUAUAUACAGUCCAGACCAAGAAGGUACUGUCUUUCUACAUGAAGAAGAGGUCUCUCAGUUUUUGCUAACAUGUAAUUUACUCUUCAGUGAGACAAGUUUCAACUUUUCUUAUAGACUUGGCAGAAUUCCUUGGAAGAUUAUGUUCUUCUUUCUUAUUGUUGACAGAUGGGAGUAUAUAAGGUACAAGUUCAUCCCAGAGUCCAACUUAAGGAAGGUGAUCAUAUUCACAAGGCAAAAGCUAAACAACUAAACUCCUAAUGUGGACUUGGAAGUGUAAAACAAAGCUGCAAAUAUUUUUGUAAAUAUAUGUGAUUUUAUGGCUUAUAUGAAUGUGACUAUGUACUGUAUAGAUGUUUUAUUUAUAUAUUUAUAUAUGCUGAAUUUCCUAAUAUAAAUAGGCACAUGUGGACCAAACCCACUCAGCUGUGAGUGCUUACAGGUUGACUUGAAAUGCCUCUUUAUUUUGUGUUCCAUUGUAGAUCACAGUAAUGGCUCUGCAGGUGAAACUACCCUGAGGCAUCUGCUGUGACUCUUCUGCUUUUCUAGCUUUGAGUUUUAGAUGAAGAAAAUCUGUACAACUUAGGGCCUGAAAAAAGAUUUCUAGAAAGUUUCAAGAUUUCCCUUUCAGGAAAAAAAAUAAGAUGUUUUGCUGCAGGAUCAUGAUUUUUUGGCUUCAUUGCUCUCAGUACAAGGUUUUGGGGUUUUGUCUUCCCCUUUUCUGCAGUAUAAGGAACUUUUCAGAGAGCCCAAUUUUGAAAAGCAAGAAUUAGUUCACCAUUCCCAAAUUAAUGCCACUACAUGAACUGUGAAAAUCUGCACUUCUGUUGCUAUUUCAUUAAGAUAUUCUUUGUCAUUAGUUUUCAAUGCAGUUUAUCUUUUAAAGCAAAAUACACUGUAGGGAUGCAGCCAUAUUCAUCUGUCUUUAUACAUUUUAUGUUUUAUCAUAGCUUGAUUGAGAAAACAAAAGAUAAUGAUGUUAGUGGGAGCAUAUGAAAUUUUUUCCACCAGUGUAGUAAUUAGUUUGACUGUUGACGUUGUGUUUUUAAUACCCAGCAGCUUUUAUUUUAAAUUAGAGGCAAGGAAAUAGAUGAAAAAUGACUAAAUGGGGAAUCAGACACAAAACUCUGGUUGGUUAAAAAGCCAUUCUUUUCAGGAAAUCAUCAUAUGAGCAGUGAUUUCCUCACUUCACUAAUUAUAACUAGAAGUUAAGCAAGCUUAAUACCUGGUGCAAUUUGGAGUAAUUGCAUCUUAAAAAUGGAGCCAAAUUUUAGGUUGCUUUUUUUGUUCUUAUUUUUGGGUUUUUGGUUUUGGGUUUUUUUUUGGGUUUUUUUUGGUUUUUUUCAUAAUUCUUCCACCAUUCCCAUUGAAAUGCUGUGAUUUAAUUUCUGAGAGCACCCUGAAAAUCAGGAAUGUAAGGAUUAACCUGCUCAGCCCAUUUCAUUUUUAACUACCUGGUGCUAAGUAACUGAUAAAUAUUUGAGGUCAAAUUACAUGUACAUUUUCUAUCACACAUGCAAGUUUCUCAUGAAACAAAGCAUGUAAACACCAUUUUCCUUCAAAAGCAUCUUCACUUAGAUGUUGAAAAGAAGAACAUGCUUAAGUGGCCUGUUGAGCUGGGCCAGACAAGUCAGUGCCUUUCAGUUCUGGGCAAAGUCUGAGCCAACUCCAUUUACUGAAGUAGAUUUGCAGUAUACAAAGAAAAGCCUAUGUGGCCUGUACAUGCUGUGCUGGCUCUUUUAACACUCACACACUUGUAUAAGCAUACACAAAACAGCUUUCCCAAUUCUAGGGACAAAGAGAUGGCCUUAGACUGCCCAAACUCUGCUAUAGGUUCUGACAGAUAACAUAGCCAAAAAUUGCUUUUGAAUUACUCUCCUUCAGAUGGUCAAUAGAUACUUAUUGUUGAACUAUUGAGGUUUUGGACACCUGCUGAGACUGACCUCUACUUCCUCUUAGAAAAGAACAAAAUAUUCAUGAAUGGGGUUACUUCAAUCCCAGUUAUAAUUUUAACAAAUUUCUUUGUUCAGGAAAACAAAAGUAUGGGUUUUAUGCAAAUCCUGUGCAGGAAGUCUAACUCCACUCUCCUCAGCUACUAUUUAGACUCAAAAUAAUGGAAAGCGUGGAAAAUGCGAAGUGAAAAUUGCAGUGAAACAGGAUUAAUUUUCUGGCAUUGCUAAUUACUGUGACAGUUUUGCCUGGGUUUAUCACAGGGGGCUGCCCAGCAGCGUGAAAGCCAUAAUCAGAGACAGAAUUACGCACAAGCUGACAGCUACAGCGGGGAGCCACCUCAACAGGAGAAAUUUGGACAAAUCUGCGCUCUGCUCAGUGAUGCUUGGAGUAACUGGUAUCUCUUGGUCUGGAUUUGGAAGACCUGCACUAUUGACUCAUAGCACAGGGAGCUGUGCAUUCCUAGUGUGUGAAUAUCAAGAAGUCUUUAACCAUCUGCCUCAAGGGACAUGUUUUAUAUACUUUUUUGGGAGAAAGUAUGUGUGUGUGGAUAUGUGCACAUGCACAAUUUUUCCUAUGUCAGUAAAGCCGGUUGGUGCAGCAAGUCCAGCAAUGGAGAUUUUGGAAUUUCUGGUAACAAUAUCUAAUUUUAACUGUUUCAGCAGCUUUUCUGGAAAUCAAGUCUCUCUGUUCUGGUGAUGUACAACUCAUGAGAUACCAAAAUGAGGUGGCAUCACAUUUCCUUUCCUAUGAUGGAAGAGAUCAUGUGGGGAUUGUGAAUCAUUUUUACAUGGAGCUCUGAUGAUUCAGUCAGUACUAGGGUUUCACCUUGUCAUGGUUUCUAAGUGCAGCUGGAGAUGAAACACCAUGCAGCUGCUUCCCCCUCUCUUUUCCUUCCCCAUCCCUGUGUGAUGGGGAGCAGAAUUUAAGUAAAACUUGUAUGCUGAGACAAGAACAGUUUCAUAAUUUAAAAUAAAGUAAAAUACAGCAACAAUGGUAAAUGAUAAUGAUAAUGACAAUAAAAAGGAAAGAAACCCAAACAAGUGAUGUACAAUGCAUUUGCUCACCACACACUGACCUGCCAGACCCCACUUCCCAAACCCAGAUCAGGUCCCCCUUCCAGGUAGCUCCCCCUGGUUUUGGAUAUUUCAUAUUCCUGUGUUAUUGGAUAUUUCAUAUUCCUGUGGUAUGGAAUAUCCCUUUGGUCAGUUUGAGUCACCUGUCCCAGCUAUGCUCCCUGCCAGUUUGGUUUUGUGUGUAUUUCCUCACUGGCAGGGAACAAGACAAAGAAAAAUAUCCUUUAUUUAGGAUAAACACGGCUUAGCAAAAAACCAAAACACCAGUGUGUUAUCAGUACCAUUCUCAUUCUGAAUCCAAAACACAGCACUGUAACAGCUACUGAAGAAUAAAUUAAAUAUACCCUAACUGAUACAAGGAAUAAACAGGAAUAAAUAA